AUGCAGGUUUUAACGAACAUUCGUCUUUUUCGGAGCCCCUUUACACUGUUUUACAUAUCUGAAGGCUUCAUUAUUUUUCCGAAUGAGGAGUGCUACAAAUCUAUAGGUGUAAAGGUAGGGGAUUGUUGUGAAAUUAGCGUAGACGAUAAAAUACCGGAUGCACAAGUACUAAAGCUGAGGACGAGUGCGUUCUUUCUGCAACUUUUUGUAAAAGAAUGCCAGAACUCAAGUACCUACAGAAAUAAUGUAGUGACACAUCUAAAUAAACUUAGUGGAUACCCUUUGGACGGAACUGCAUUUCUAAAAUUGAUAUUGGAGCCACCCGAUACUGAAAUUAUUGACUAUGCUUGGAAUGAAAGGUUGUUGCGGUUGGUGUGGAUGAAGGUAGAAAUUGAAAAUGCAUUUUCUUGGUUAUCAACACUUGGAGGAGCAUAUUCAGCCCUAGGAGACUAUUUUGAGGAGUGUGCUGAAGAAGCUGGCAGAAUAUCAAUAAGACAGUACAAACUCUCGCAGAUGCUGGGAGAUGAAAGUUUAGCAGCGAGAAGUUGUCUCUACUCAGCGUUGUCACAGGCUCAAAAGGGCAACCUGCAUAUAUCACGUAACAUUGUAAGAAAUGUUGCAGAGUUUGCACGUAAAACACACGACAGAAGACUAAUGAGGAUGUGCCAAGGUGUAUGGGCAAAACUCAAAUACUUAAGAUCCCUUAAGAAGAAUUCAUCAAUAAAACCUACCUAA